UCUUCUAGUGAUCCAACAUGGCGGAACAAGGUGAGAAGAAGGAGAACCCCAUGAGAGAGCUUCGCAUCCGCAAGCUCUGCCUGAACAUCUGCGUCGGUGAGAGCGGAGACAGGCUGACCCGUGCUGCUAAGGUGCUGGAGCAGCUCACAGGGCAGACUCCCGUCUUCUCCAAGGCCCGCUACACCGUGCGAUCCUUCGGCAUCCGCAGAAAUGAAAAGAUUGCUGUCCACUGCACCGUCCGUGGAGCCAAAGCAGAGGAGAUCCUUGAGAAAGGACUCAAGGUGCGUGAGUACGAGUUGAGAAAGAACAACUUCUCUGAUACCGGAAACUUCGGCUUCGGUAUCCAGGAACACAUUGACCUGGGUAUUAAGUACGACCCCAGCAUCGGCAUCUACGGACUGGACUUCUACGUGGUUCUGGGCAGACCCGGCUUCAGCAUCGCCGACAAGAAGCGGAAAAGAGGCCGCAUCGGUUUCAGGCACCGCAUCCGUAAAGAGGAAGCCAUGCGCUGGUUCCAGCAGAAAUAUGACGGCAUCAUCCUCCCCGGCAAGUAAAGGACCACCUUUUUGAUGUUUGACAAAUAAAAACGAAAAAAAGGAAUCUUGUUUGAAUUUUCUGCGUUACUUGAUAAGUGUACAUGGUUUGGACAUGGCUACUUAUUGUCAUUGUGGGAAGACCGCUCAAGUGAUCCUUGGCUCAUGGAAAAGGGCAAGAAAAUGCCACUAAAUGUUUUAUGCUUCAUAUUAUAUCUCCACUACAAUUUGACCGCUCAUUCUAAACGUUACAUUGUUUAAGAAACAAUGCAUUGAGCAUACAGAGAUCCAUUUUCUUUUUUUUAACAGUAAAUACAUUUUCCACACUUUGAUGUGAGCAUGUUUUUAACAUUGCUUCACAUCAGCUCAUAUUUCCAAUGUAACGUAGUUCACACGCAGUAUUUACCUGAGUAAUAUCAGAAUUCUUCCACGGUUUGAGGUGUCAAUCAACACCUCUUGUAAAGUGAUCUUUAUAGCUUGAUCCAAGGAUCAAUUUACUCUAAAUCUAAAAUUUGAAUGUUUCGUGAAUGUCAAAGCUUGGCUUUUGUUCCGUUGGACUACAUUUCCCAGAAGUCUCAUAGAAAUGGAAAAUAAGACAAAUGGGCAUGAAUUGAUCACUUAGGCUUUAUUCAGUGAAACAACCAACACAGAUCUCAUCCAGCAUUGAUUUAUCCAAUCAGAUGAGCAGAUGCACCUCACGUGACUUUCCUCCUGCUGGCGUCUCACUGGUUCUUCAGUUGAUGGAUUCUUAGUUUCAGUAAAAAUUGGUCAAACACUUUAAAACUAACCAGGAUUCGGUUCAGUUAUAUUUACAUUUUUUAUUUUUAUUUUUAGAUCUUUUAAAUAUCCGUUAUUUUCCUCCUUCAGUAUACAUUUUGCAUGUAAUUUUACUUUCAUUAAUAUCUGCCGGGUUGAGCUCACAUCGCCUUCCUCUUGUGUUCACCUCGUAAUCCCUUCCACAUCGCCUGUAUGAAAUAUAUCUCGGUAAAUGUUAUAUUUUGUCAGUUGAGCUACACUAUUGCGAGAUGACCAUAAAAUAAAUCUGAAUAUAGACGCUUGUUUAUUGACAACCUGCUAGAUUGUUAAUCCUAAUGUUACAAUUGGCUCAUAUUCAUUUCUCACACACACAAUGUUCAGUUGAACGCUACAUACGCACCGCUGAAAUACAUCUACACAAACUCUUAAUAGUUCAACACUCAAACGCUGAAAGCCAAUGUUCCCGUCUUCUUUCAUCCUCCUCCACCCAUCACCUCCACUAUAGAAAUUCUUCUCGUAUUCACAUUUUUUUUUUUUUCUUUCCAUCGAUAUCAAACCUCCAGAGAUCACUUUGGAUCAAGCAACCUUUUUUUCUUCCUACAUAACCAGCUCAUGGACAUAUAGAUUGGUUUCUGGCUUUAUACGUUGUGCAGCUUUCUUAUUUAUAUCAAUACAGGUCGGAUGUCAAGUAAAUAUGAAGAAAUAGCUAGAUUUCUAAUUCUUAGUAAUUGUGACUCCAUUUAAGCUUAUUAAAAA